UACAUCAGCUGAUAUCUCAAAGUGCUGUACAGAAUAUAAGACUGAUAUAAGACUAGUGAUAUUCUGUGACCCUGAAUAGACCACCCUUUUCAGUGUGCACCAGUCCCUCUUGUUUCCAAUGACAAUCCUUACAGCUGAACGUGCAAGUUCCUGUCUUGACUUGAGAGAGAUUAAUUUGACAACCUAUGAAAUAAAGCUCAGUUUACAUAUCCUGAGCUAUUAAAAUCCCAAGUAGCCCCUCCGUGUGAGUCCUCGGAGAGUUUAGGUUGUAUUGUUGUCCACUUCCCUUUUUCAGAGGCUCAACUGUACCCAUAUAGUGGGUUAUGGGGGAGGCUACAAUUCAGUGUAAGUUUCUUGAUAACUUGAUAUAAAAUGAGUGCUUGCAACCCAUGUCAUAUUCUUAUUUAGUGAAACAUAGUGUCAAAUAGUGACAACAGGAAAUGCAUGAUUCAGAGGAGAAUAUGCACCCGUUCCCUUCAGAGAGCCGCAACUCCCCUUUUCUCUCUUUCCAUCUGCACACCCCUCCCUUUCCAUUGGAGAGCCCUCCCUCUCACACUCUUGCACCUCUCCCUUUAUCAAGUUUGCACAGGCAAACUUUGGAAGUCCCCACCCCUACCAAACACUCAUACACACAUGCACAUGCUUGUGCAAUAUCAGUCAAGAUCUACAUGAAGGAGGACGGCAGCAUUACAACUUAAGAACUCGAUGGGAUGGACAUUCUUCCACAGGUGCUUUCACUGAGGAUUUGAGGAGCAAGCACACACACUGAACCAAACACACUUUCGACAACAGGAGAUCAACAAUGUGAGGGUGUUUCCUGGCUGCUGACACUAUGGACAGAGACUGUUUUAUGUGGGAGCCGUGAGAAGUGCCUCACACUAUUUCUCCUCAGAGGGAGCGUCGAGGAACUAGAUCCAGCUUGUAAAAACCCUAUCUGCCUCUGGCUUCCUGAGGGGAAUCCCUCUCUCCAUAUCUCCCAUAUCUCCCUCCAUCUGCCCUAUCCCCCUCUACAGUCCUCAGCAGCUGCUAUGGACCUGACUCUGUGGCAGUAUCAGUUCAGGAUCAUCAUGUUAGGGGACUCGACAGUGGGCAAGUCGUCCCUGCUGAAGCGCUACACAGAGGAGAUGUUUCUGGACUGCAUCAACCAGACAGUAGGGGUGGACUUCUACGUCCACUUCCUGGAGGUGGAGCCUGGCGUUAGGGUCAAACUGCAGUUCUGGGACACAGCAGGCCAGGAGAGGUUCAGGUCAGUGACUCGGUCCUACUUCCGUAACUCAGUGGGGGGCCUGCUGGUGUUUGACCUGACUAACCGUGCCUCCUUUGAGCAUGUGCAGGAGUGGCACGCAGAGGUGUGUGAACAUGUGCAGCCCCACACGGUGCUGUUUGUACUUGUGGGCCACAAGAAUGACCGGGUGGCCCAGGGAGAGCGGGUGGUGGGCCAUAACGAGGCUGAGAAACUGGCAGGCCAGCUGGGGAUGCCCUACAUUGAGGCAUCGGCUAAGACUGGUCAGUGUGUGACGGAGGCUUUCGAGCUGCUGACCCGCCGGGUGUACCAGGGCUUGCUGAGUGGGGAGGUGCAGCUACAAGAGGGCUGGGACGGGGUGAAGUGCUUGGCUCCACGUGCAACCUUAGCACAGCUACAAAAUCCCAAGAUCAAUAUAUCCAACAACAGAAGGUGCUGUUCCUGAGUUGCUGUAUUGUCAUGUAUGCCAUGUCACAAUGCCUCUCUUCAAAAACUGCCUGCCAUAUUAGAUAAAAGAUCAUAAAGUAAUCUUGACUUGAGGCUCUUCACCGGAUGAGAAUAAGUUUUACAAGAUGGGCAUUACCUAUUGUGACAAUAUUUCAGAACAUGGAAAUAGACAUAACACAUGUAAAAGACUUGCAAGUGUGUGUUCAGGGACUUUUCUGAAGGAGGUCGUUAGUUUGUCAUCCAGAAUCGAGAAACAUUAUCACAGUGGUAUUACAGUUAAGGAAAUCUAGUCAAAUCUCUUUACCCUGAAUAGUGAUAUACUGAUGUAAUCCAUUUAUGUAGAAAGUGAACUCCAAAAUACUCAAGGUUCCAACAAAUGAGAAAGAACAUGACUUAACACUGAAAUAAAACACACAAAUCAAAUGCCAAGUGAAAUA